AUGCAUUCAGCAAAAGAAGAACAUGAAGAAUAUCAUGAUUGUGUCGUGGGUGAUUUAAUAUGUUCAUUUUGUCAUAAUUUUAUUCCAAAAAAUCAUAUCGUAUUUUGUCCACAUUCACGUUUUCGAAACAUGAUGGAAAUUCCUACAGCACCCAUAUGUUUAACACUUGGCUUUCUCGAACAAAGAGCUAUAGCACUUAUGCACUGCUAUAUGAGUAUAUUGAUUAUUCGUGGUCAUCAGUCAGCUAUGAAAGGACAAGUAGUACAUUGUCAAGCUGAUGUUGCUGAUAACAUAGGCGAUCUAUUACCACUGCCAAAAUGUUAUGAAUUUAUGGCCGUUAUUCAACAGAAACCGACUGAUGAUAGCGGUGAAAUAAAAUCAACAGUACGAUAUUCAGUAAGUGCUAUUCAAAUUCUUAAAGCUAUUCAAUAUCUUAUUCAACAUCAUACUGGAUAUAUGAACAAACAAGUUUUACCUUUGGAAAAAAUUGAAGAAAUGUUUCGAUGUAGAAAAGAAGAUGUAGCUGCUAUUCGAAUUAUUGAUUCGUAUGCUUAUAAUAAUUGUACAACAUCUGCUCCCAUUAUUCUUGAUUCAAAUGAAGACUUUUUCGGUCCUAGUCGUACUCUCAAAGCAGGUGACAAUCCGAUUUGGAAGAUUGAAGCAGGAAUGGAAGAAUGUACAUUUCCAUGGAUUUAUCCUACAGGUGAAGGAGGAGAACUUGAUAUGAAAAGACCUAUUUCAUUAAAACUUCGUGAUUAUUGUAAACUUCGACUAAUGUGUGCUGACAAAAGAUGGCAAGGAGAUUCGAUUUGGAUAUUUCGAGCAAUGAAUUUGAUCCAAAGAGAUGAUCUUUGCACAGCUGUGAAUUACCAUGCAAAAAAACAAUUCAACAAAGAUCGAUUAUGUUAUAACAUAUAUCCAUCCAUUGGUAAAGCUAUCCGUGGUACAGCAGCGUUUUGGUCUGUACCUCGUAAAAUUUUACGAUCUAUGUAUGCAACACUAUCAAAACCUAAUAUUUUUUUGAGUGUAAACUUACAAGAUGAUGUGGAAUUUUUAACACACAUUGAUCCAACUCGAUUUGGCAAUGUCAACGAACCCAAUUAUGAAGUAAUCGAUUCGCUAUCUGACGAUGAUUAUUUACAACUAGUAAAUGAAAACAGUGCACUUGUAUCACGUAUGUGUCAUCGACGAAUGUUAGCAUUUGAAAAAUUUAUUAGUGAUAAAAAACAUCCUUUCUUCAUCGAUUACAUCGUAACUAAUUACUUCUUUAAAAUUGAAUUUCAACGUGGUGGUCUUCCUCAUCUUCACACUCUCCUUUGGCUUGAUAACUUUCCUUCUGUUGAUACAAUAGAAGGAAGACAAAAAAUUACAGAAUUCAUCGACAAAUUUCUCGAUACAUCAUUACCAGAUCAACAAACAGAUCCAGAAGGUAACACUAAAAUUCGUAUUCGCCGAGGGCGUAAAUUCAAAGAUGAAACAGAAUCAGAACACAACAAUCAAAAUCAUAUGAAAGAUAUCAAUAAGAAUUAUUUACAUCAAAACGAAAUAUAUGAACAAGUGGAUCCGAAGAACGAUCCUGAUCUUUUACAAUUAGCAAAAGAAAAAAAAGAAUUUUUUGAGCGAUUAAUGUGUCGUUUUGGAAGUCCUUUUGAAUUAGCUAAUGAAACACACUUUCGUACGUACAAAGAGGCCCGUAUAAUGAUACGAGGUGAUCGGGACAUUAUAAUGAAAAGAUUAACCGAAGAGUCUAGACGAAUAGUUCCAUACAAUCUACAAUUUCUGAAAACAUUUCGUUGUAAUCAUGAUAUUCAAGUCGUAACUGAUCCGUGGGCGUCAGCUGAAUAUUUAUUUUCUUAUGUAGCAAAGGAUGCCCACAUGGAAAAAAAUUUGAUCUAUCAAAUGUCAAACUGUACUUGUUCAAGUUUAACUGAAGCGAAAACUCUUCUUCUUAAAACAGGUAAUGCCGUAUUAUCUCAUCGUCAAGUUGGUAAAGUCGAAGCGUCAUGGACCGUAUUAGGCAUCCCUCUUUAUCAUUCAUCAAUCAGAUGUAAAACUUUAUAUAUUUCUUUGCCAUGGGACGAAGAAAGAAUACUGAAACGAGGACGAACUGUGGUUAGUACUACAGAUGACUUUGUAGAGUCACUUACACAUCGAUAUGUCAAACGGCCAUGUACUCCGUCUGUUAUUGAUCAAAUAAGUUUAUUUGAAUUUCUAACAUGGUUUGAUUUUGAUCGAUCUUCUUCUAUCGAACUCGAACAUAUAUUACAAGAAUCACUCGUGGAAAAUCCUCUUUGGCGUACCACUUUUGAUCAACCACCUUUACUUAAAACAUCGAAUCAUCUUCCUCGUAUCAUUUUAUCAUGUGGCACCAAACUAAUUCAACACAAAGAACCAGCAUGUAUUAGUUUUACUUGUCGUUAUGAUGAUUCCAUGUUAGCUAUUUAUUCGAUUCUUUCUAUUGGAGUAUCAUAUCGAGAUCCAAUUGAACAAUUUCUUAGUGGUAAACAAGAGGUUGACAUAAAAGCUAUUCAUCAAAUCUUACUAAAAUAUAAAGCUCAAUUAGUUCAGCAAUUUUCUACAUUACCAGGAGCAUACAAAGUGCAAAUGAUUAAUGCACUUGACCAUUUAUGUGAUUUGAAUACUCAUGAUUUUUUAAUAAAGCCAAGAACAUCAUUUAUAUUUACAACAGAAGAUGAAGAAAAUAUUGACGAUGAAACAAAUACAAAUAGUCAACAGAUAAAUAAAAGCAACUUUACUAAUUAUACUACUGAUACCAGUAAUCAUAUUCUACCUGAAAACAUCACUGAAGAAGAUAAAAAAUAUACAUAUUUAAAUAAUGACAUCGAAAUGAAUGCUCAUUCCACAAAAACAGAAGAAUUACUAAAAACAGCCAACACACAACAACAGUUUUUAGCAAAAUUUUUUAAACAAUAUCUUGCCGCAUUAAUGAUAUACGAAGAAAGUCAAACUCGACGAAAAAAUGUAUCAAAACCACUUCCUUUUCACAUAAUAGUAAAUGGUUUAGCUGGUUCAGGAAAAUCUUAUGUCAUAUCUAUCAUUGAACAAAUGUUAACGGACUUUUGCAUUAGUGAAUCUGCUGUUCGAAAUCGUCCACGUAGAAGAAAAGGAUUACUUAAAAUGGCUCACACUGGCAAAGCUGCUUUGAAUAUACUCGGUUGGACUAUUCAUUCUGCUCUCGGAAUGCGUCCUGAUAAUACUUCAACACCGAAUGCUGCUCCGUCAUUUAAAAUACAUUCACUUCGAGACAGACUUGGUGAUUUAAUUUUAAUAAUUAUUGAUGAAAUUUCACUGGUCUCAAACAGCCUCUUUCAAAAAGUCAACAAACGUUUAAAUGAAAUAUUUGAAACGGCCGACAAAAGUGAUGUUUAUUUUGGAAACAUUUCAGUUUUAUUAUUUGGAGAUUUGGCUCAAUGUGAGCCAGUUGCAGCGAAACAAAUUUUUUGGGCACCUGCUGGUGAAAUUUUUUCUCUUUGGUCUCAUUUAUUCAGACCAAUCAAUUUCAAUAUCAAUAUGCGACAAGGUGAAGACAGAAAUUUUUUUGACAUUCUGUGUCGAAUGAGAUUAGGUGAGUACAAUGAAGAAGAUGAAGUGCAAAUAAAGAACAGAAGUAUUCGAAAAGAAGACAAUCCACAAUACUACAAAGAAAGAUUAUCUGAAUUACAAUCAAUUGAGUUUGAGAAUACUAUCUAUGCAUAUAGCGUACGAUCUAAGACAAAUCACAGAAAUUCUAUUAAAUUAAAAGAAAUAGCCAUGAAACUAAAAACACCAAUAUGGAUUAUUGAAUCUAUCGAUAAAGUUGGUAUGGCUAGAUCAUCAUUUUUCAAUCCAAUUCAAGCCAGUAACAAACAAUGCAAAAUUGCUUUAAAACCUUCUGAAGAUGAAAACGAAUGUGGAUCUAUGUUUGAACAACUACCAAUAUGUAUAGGUGCUCGUGUAAUUUGUCGACGAAAUAUUGAUUUCGAUGGUUCAAUGGUAAACGGGACUGAAGCAACUGUAAACGAUAUUGUGUGGGACAACAGUGAUCAUAUUAUAUUACCGAUGUCUCACCGAUGUAUAUUUCCGAAUCUAGAUCGAGCAAUAACUACAACAUUACCUAAAUAUAUUGAACUCAAAUUGCUCGAUGAAUCAAUUUACAAAAUGCUUCCAGAAGAAGUCAGUUUUAAAGAUAAAAAUGGAGUUUGGAUGACAAGACGACAAUUUCCACUGAAUCUUGGUUAUGCAAUAACAGUUCAUCGUUCACAAUGUAUGACCUAUAAUAAGCUAGUUGUUGAUCUUACUGGUAUAAACUGGAAGCCUGGUAUGUUCUAUACAAUUCUCAGUCGUACACGAAAAUUAAGUGAUAUUAUAAUAUUGGCAUAUGAUCGCAAAUCUUUCAAAGUAUCCAAACCAGCAUUAAAAGAAAUGCAUCGUCUACAAAAAAUAGAGGAAGAAUAUCCAAUCAAGAUUGAACAAUAUUUAGGAACUAAGAGAUUCAUCGAGUGGUGUCUACCACACUUAUCUAACAUUAAUCAGUUGUCAUCAAUGCCAUCUAAAGAAAUAAACACAUCUACUUUAGAUCAUGGUGAUGUCAAACGAAUAAAACGUAAAAACUCGAAUUUAUGUACAAGUUUAUCUCUAAAAAAGCCUGAGAGUAUUAUUAUCUGUGAAAAUCAAGAGAAAAAUUAUUGUGGACGACAUGCUCUUCGUGCACUUUCACAAAAUCUUGAUAUAUUUAGUGACGACUAUUUAAUAAAUGUUGCUCAAAACAUAGUAGCUUCUGAACAAAUAUGUCGAAAUGGAGAAUUCAUACAAACUACAGAUUACUAUUAUGAAAACACUGGCGAUUAUGAUAUCCAAAUUUUAGAAGCUGCUCUUCGCAAUGUGUUAAAUAUCGACCUCAUAAAAUUUCAUAAAAUAGAAAACAUUGAUUGUCCUAUUCGGAGUCUAAUUUUCUCGAAUACUCAAAAUAUUCAAGCUUUCCUUGUCCAAGAAGGUUAUCAUUAUUACUGUAUACGUCGAUUUCGUUUGACAAAAGAUUAUUUUUUUAAAAUUGAUUCCAAAUAUCCAAUGUGUCAUCAGCCUAUUCACCAUCAAGAUAUAUUACCAUUUAUUGGUACACUCCUAGAUUGUGGCUGUAAUAUCUACGUGACUAUCCAACAUGUAAACGAUCAGUUUAAUGAAGACCUUUCAAUAGAAAACAUUGCAACAAGACUAUGGGCUUUGCCUGAUUCACCAGCAGACCUUGAAGUUUUAACUAUUUUUGCUUGA